AUCUGGUUUAAUCACUUGCCGCUAAAAUGGAGUAUUAUGUGGAUAUGAGUUUUACCGAGAAUUACCUAUUGUCCAAAGAGGAGUUCCACCUUGAAGGAAACAUCUCGUUGGACUUUAAUGGAAUCCAAACCCCAAAGAUUAAGAUUCCUAGUGUAGAAUUAGAUUUAAAGGAUUUCCCUGACCUAAGUCAGCCGUUGCCGGAAGUAUCCAUUCGCGAGCAACUGCGUCUGACCUCCUUGAACCGCGUCAAAGUCCUCAGCUGGCAGCGAGGUCAACAGAAACAUUUCCUGGAUAUGUGGCAAUCCCAUUUACCCGGAAAUCAAGUUAAGGAAUUAAACCAUGGAGAGACAAGCGUUGAUUGAUGGCCAUCCAAGG